AAAUCUUCUAUAAUGAAUAAUGGCGAAGCCUCUCAGCACCAUGAGAUCAAAGAAAUUGCGCAGGACGCCGGAAACUGACGACAAUAUGCAGGCGUCGACAUCACAACAACCGUCCAUAGGUCCGAACCAUACAAAGCAUGGUGGCGAAAUCUGUCCGGUUUACAGCCGUCCCGAUCAUGGAUCAUCAGGAAGGCUCAUACCACUCGUCGUCAACUGGUAUCGGCUGAACUGUGGAUUAGAAGGGAAAACGAUAUAUAUCUACGAUGUACAAGUCUUCGAAAUGGCACGCACAAAAACUGGAAAACCGAAGCGAUUGCCUAUAAAUGGAAGAGACAAACUGCGUAUCUUGUUUUGGAAUUGUCUGCGAAACUAUUCCAAUAUUUUUGGACCAUACACUCGGACGGUCUUCGAUGACUUCUCCAAAGCUUUCUCUAUGAAUCGUUGGCAUUUGAAAGAUGACAAGGGCGAUGUACGAUUCCCCUACGGACCUGAAAAUGGACCAACAAAGGAAUAUAUCAUGUCCAUCAAGCCACAAACAGAUCUUAUCUUUGAUUUGUCAAGCAAAGAUGAUCAACAGCGGAACACCUCUGCUUUGGUGACGAAAAAUCUUUUUACCCAGCGGGCACGAUAUGCACCCGCACUGAGCGAUACUCGAGGCUGGUCAUUUGUCGAUCAAUGGGAAGUGUGUUACGGAUCUAUCUAUCGGAUUCCUCAUCUUGGAAGUGAUCCGGAAAUUAGUGUAAAAGUUGGAGCCGGUGUGAGAGCAUGGUUGGGUACCUACACUUCUGUAAAGACGCUUGAAGACUACACUCCUGCGUUAGCAUUUGGGUUGGUGAAUCGUCUAUAUUAUGAACUAGAAAUGGACAUAAUAACUUUCUACUGUGAUGUUCUUGAGGAGCUGGGCUUGUUCCACGGAAAAAAUAAAAACCGAGCAGAGGUGCUGAAAGGAAUGGGAAUGAACGCAUAUCAGCGAAAACGCAUGACAGACCGACUAAGCGGAGUACGAUUGAUGACGAAGAAAUUUUUGUCAUGGGACAAGCAUCACGAUUUUUGGCUGUCCGAACGACGAAUGAUAUUUGUUGAAGUUGCUGAUCAUCCGCCUAGAGCGCUAAGAUUUGGUGAAAUGUCAAUGGAAGAAAUAUACUAUCGGCUAGGAGAACGUCUAAUGUAUCCAAACCUGCCUCUCUGCAGGGUUAGCAUUGGCAAGAAGAUGUACGAGUUACCUAUGGAAGUGCUAAUCCUUCAUGAAAAACCACAACGAUACACAAAGACGAUGAAUGCAUUUAUGAAGAUGAAAUUCAUCGAAGGAGUCUGUCGCGAACCACUGGCGCACAAAAAGUUGACAGAACGAAUGUUUGACUGGAUGGAGUAUGGCAAUAUGAACAUGAAUUUCCUUCGUGAUUUUAUGGCAAGUUUUUUUCUUGUGUUUGCAAAUGCUCCAAAGUGA